GUGGCUUGGUAGGCUUUCGAGAUGAAGGCGAGAACACCUUGAAUAAAAUGGUUCAUUACCAAUAUCCCAACUGGAAGACUUCGGGUCACGUUACGUCAAUUCCGAUUGCCAGAGUCCCAAAAAUUUUCUUGCACAAUGUGAAAUUGAGCAAAAAUUUGCAGAAAGUGUUCAAUCUCACUCAAAAAGGUGAAGACGGAGAAAUGAAAGUUUAUAAAUCAUUGGCCAAUGAUCUUAACUUAGAAAAGGAAGGAUUGAUCUUGCUUCCGAAUGUCGACGCAAGCCACAUCUUUGAAAAAACGAGCAUCGGUUCGGUUGAAAUUGAUAUGAUUGUGGCACAUCCUUCAAAGGGUAUCUUCAUAUUCAAUGUAAAAAACGUAAAAAAGAUUAGCAACGACUCCAUUAAGAAAGAAUCAUUAAAACACAGUCAAUUUGUUCGUCAUCUAGCAAACUUUGGAGUGCCAGUUCAAGAAUUGCACCUUCCUAGUUCUUCAAAAACCCCGAUCGAUCACAUGGUUCCGAUACAUUCUGUUAUUUGUUAUCUUCCUGAAGAUUUGCCUCGGUUAUCGGAACUGACAAAAUCAACUGAUCUGAAAGCAAAUGAAAAAGACCAAGUAUUGGUGUUUCAGAAGAGUGAUUUCCAGAAAACUCAAGAAUCCAGCUUUGCUUUGCAUUGGAGUCGGAGGAUCAAAGACAUUCCAAAUAUGUCCAAGGAGAGCAUCAAAUCCUUUGAUAGAGUAGUCGCGCGUCUCGUGGCAAUAAACUCCAUGGAAGGUGCUAAUUCGUUGAUCCAUCAAAAAAUGGUGUCAAAUGACAUGCAAUCAGUUAAAGUUGACAACCGUGAUAUUGAGAAACGACUCAACGAUCAGCUUAGUGACACCUUCACGACAGAAAGUGAGCAAUCCAAGGACUUGAAAAACUAUAUGAAGAAAAUCGCUCAGCCAGCUGCAAAAGGGAACCGAGUUAAAGUCAUUCUAUGGACAAAGGAGCAGUUGGAAGUCAUAGCAUUUGUUUUCAAGUUUCUGACUUGCUCCGAAAAUGAAAAUCCGUUGCGAUUAAUUGUGAAUGGACCUAUGGGCUCUGGAAAAACUAUGCUCAUGGUAUACCUUGCAAGAUUGCUGAAACUUGUGUUUAGCUCAAAAAUGAAAGUGAGAAUUAGUCAUGGACAUGGCUUACCACCUCAACUUUUGCUGGAACAGAUACGAGCUGCCAUUGAAGGAUUUGACAUUGAAGUCUUGAAAGAGUCGUUUUUUGAGGUGACUGAGACUAUUCAAGAUGGUUUGGUUUUUGUAGACGAAGUGACCUUGACAGAAAAAGAAGAACAUAAAAUCGGCAGAAAUGUACACUGCUGUAUUUUUUCACCAAAUCGUUUCUACUUCGAUAGAAUUCCAAACUACUUGAAAGAUUUCAAAGCUCUUAACUUGACGAGCAAUUUGCGAUCGACUCAAAAACUAGCAGAGCUCCAAGUCAACUUUUUAUCAUAUAUCCAAGAUGAAGUUCAUUUGAGAGGCCCUCCUUCUCAUAACUUGAUUGGCGAAAAUAACCCGGAAGUUGUACACGUGAACAAAGAAGAAUCAGGUGCAAACAAUCAAAACUGUUUCACGUCAGAAUGCAUAAACGCAAUUGAAAAAUGUAUGUUUCGAUCUCAUAGCACUGAUGUCAUUGCUAUUCCCCUUGGAUUAUUGUCACCGAUUACUCAAAACAUUGUAGUUCGAGAAAUGGUGAACAAAGAUUGGAGACUUCAAUCACUAGCUUUUUCUCGCCUUGAUAAUGAUAAACUCAACAGCAAACCAAGAAACAAUCUCCCCCUUAUUAUGUUAGAAAAUUACCACACAUUACAUGGUUCUGAGUUUGGAUCGGUUGUUUUGCUAAUCGAAAAAGGUUGCCGAAUGUGGUACAACGACCAUGACCUUGCAAAAGUUAUUACACGAGCAACCACCAAUUUAGUAAUUGUUGUCAAUCAUGCUCCAAAACUUCGGCAGAUUAUUGACCCUGUGGAAAUAGUUGAUUCUAUCCACUACUUUCAAAUCAAAGACUUCAAUUUACCCGAGAACAACUUAGAGCUGUACUUAACAGAGUUGAUAUCCUAUUAUUACUAUUUUUACAAACGCAAUAACAACAACUUACCCAUUAUCAUUUUGGGUGAUAUUCCCGAAUUGCCUCGUUUAAUUUCAACAACGCUGACAGAAGAAAGCCUUCGGAUCUGCAAGGAAGGAGAUGUCAAGCAAUCUCUGUUCAAGCUCGAAAAUGAGAAUGAAGUACAGAGCAAUCGCGGCGACAAUUGAAAUUACU